UCGCCCCAUCUCCGUCCGGGGUCAGUCAGUCGCUCCCUGUCGCUGCGGGAGAGUCUCUGCUUCCCCUUCCUACCCGCUCCGCGGCGGUAGCUCAGGCUCUUCGGGGAGGGGGAGACAGAGAAAGAGAGAGACUGACUUAAUAAAGUUUCCUGAAACGACAACUACUACCAAAAAAGGCCCAAGGUGGGGGGGAAGCCCCAUUCUUCCCCGCCCCUCUCCAAAAGCCUGAGGGACCGUUGCAGGUGGAGCGGCGCUGGGGGAGCCGGGCUCCGGCGGCAGCCGUUGCCCCGGCGAGGGGCGCCCAGGUCUUGCCGGCUCCGGUUCCAGCUCCUUCGGUGGCGGCGGCGGCUUCUGCGGGGCGGUUCCUCCUGUCAACUGCCUGCGCCCGCGCGCCGCCCGCCCGCCCAGCUCCACAGCGCGGAGGGACGCCGUGAGCCGCCGCCGCCGUCGCCGUCGCCUCGGGCCGCGGAGGGACGUGGUGAGCUGUGGCGCUUCCGCGUCAGCGCCGGCGGGGACUCUUUGGGAGCGCGUCGGGCUCGAACCCCGCUCCCCUUCGCGUGGUCCGCCGAGGCUGCGCCAGGUGGGGCCCGAAGCCGCCUCCCACGCCAGGCUGUGCCCGCGGCUGCCCGGCCUGCCUGCCUGCCCGCCUGCCUGCCUUCCUUCCGCCUACCCGCCGGCCCGCCCUAGGAGUUAGCCAAGCCGCAAUGAAGAGCUUCUUACAGUGAAAGGAAAGUAGGUCUCGCCCACUGAAAAUGCCUUUAAGGGAUAAAUACUGCCAGACUGACCACCAUCAUCACGGAUGCUGUGAACCAGUUUAUAUCCUGGAACCUGGAGAUGCUCCUUUGUUACAGCAACCACUACAGACAUCCAAAUCUGGUAUUCAACAAAUAAUUGAGUGCUUUCGAUCAGGAACUAAACAGCUUAAGCACAUUUUAUUAAAAGACGUGGACACUAUUUUUGAAUGUAAAUUAUGCCGCAGUCUCUUCAGAGGAUUACCAAAUUUGAUUACACAUAAAAAAUUCUACUGCCCACCAAGUCUCCAGAUGGAUGACAACCUUCCUGAUGUAAAUGAUAAACAAAGCCAAGCCAUAAACGAUCUCCUAGAAGCCAUAUAUCCAAGUGUGGACAAACGAGAAUAUAUUAUUAAGCUAGAACCCAUAGAAACUAAUCAAAAUGCAGUGUUUCAGUAUAUUUCAAGGACUGAUAAUCCUACUGAAGUCACAGAGUCAAGCAGUACUCCUGAACAAACCGAAGUUCAAAUACAGGAAACUAGCACUGAACAGUCUAAAACAGUACCAGUUACAGAUACAGAGGUGGAAACUGUAGAGCCCCCUCCUGUUGAGAUUGUUGCAGAUGAAGUUGCACCUCCAUCUGAUGAGCAACCUCAGGAAUCACAGGCUGACUUGGAAACUUCUGACAAUUCUGAUUUUGGUCACCAGUUGAUAUGUUGUCUUUGUAGAAAAGAAUUCAAUUCCAGACGAGGUGUUCGUCGUCAUAUUCGAAAAGUACAUAAGAAAAAGAUGGAAGAACUAAAAAAGUACAUUGAAACGCGAAAGAAUCCAAACCAGUCCUCCAAAGGACGCAGUAAGAAUGUUCUAGUUCCAAUAAGUAGGAGUUGUCCAGUAUGUUGUAAAUCAUUUGCUACAAAAGCGAAUGUAAGGAGGCAUUUUGAUGAAGUUCAUAGAGGACUAAGGAGGGAUUCAAUUACUCCUGAUAUAGCAACAAAGCCUGGGCAACCUUUGUUCCUGGAUUCUGUUUCUCCUAAAAAAUCUUUUAAGACUCGAAAACAAAAGUCGUCUUCAAAGGCUGAAUACAAUUUAACUGCAUGCAAAUGCCUCCUUUGCAAGAGGAAAUAUAGUUCACAAAUAAUGCUUAAAAGACAUAUGCAAAUUGUCCACAAGAUAACUCUUUCUGGAACAAACUCUAAAAGAGAGAAAGGCCCUAAUAAUACUGCCAGCAGUUCAGAAAUAAAAGUUAAAGUUGAACCAGCAGAUUCUGUAGAAUCUUCACCCCCUUCCAUUACCCAUUCUCCACAGAAUGAAUUAAAGGGAACAAAUCAUUCAAAUGAAAAAAAGAACACACCGGCAGCACAGAAAAAUAAAGUUAAACAAGACUCGGAAAGCCCUAAAUCAACUAGUCCGUCUGCUGCAGGUGGCCAGCAAAAAACCAGGAAACCAAAACUUUCAGCUGGCUUUGACUUUAAGCAACUUUACUGUAAACUUUGUAAACGUCAGUUUACUUCCAAACAGAACUUGACUAAACACAUUGAGUUGCACACAGAUGGGAAUAACAUUUAUGUUAAAUUCUACAAGUGUCCUCUUUGCACUUAUGAAACUCGUCGGAAGCGCGAUGUGAUACGACAUAUAACUGUGGUUCAUAAAAAGUCAUCCCGCUAUCUUGGGAAAAUAACAGCCAGUUUAGAGAUCAGAGCUAUAAAGAAGCCCAUUGAUUUUGUUCUAAAUAAAGUGGCAAAAAGAGGCCCUUCGAGGGAUGAGGCAAAACAUAGUGAUUCAAAACAUGAUGGCACUUCUAACUCUCCUAGUAAAAAGUAUGAAGUAGCUGACGUUGGUAUUGAAGUAAAAGUCACAAAAAACUUUUCUCUUCACAGAUGCAAUAAAUGUGGAAAGGCAUUUGCCAAAAAGACUUAUCUUGAACAUCAUAAGAAAACUCAUAAGGCAAAUGCUUCCAAUUCACCUGAAGGAAACAAAACCAAAGGCCGAAGUACAAGAUCUAAGGCUCUUGUCUGCCUCGGGAAGCCGUCGCCCCGCAGCGCCGCCGCCCUGCGCCCGGCCGCCCCGGGGAGCCGCUGCCCGCCCGCGGGCGCCGUCACCACGCGCCAGGCCGCCGCCAGCUGCCGCGCCAAGCUCCGCGGGGGCGCCGCCCGGGAGCGCCAGCACGCCGCCCGCGGCCUCGGCAGGCCCGCGCCGCCCUGAGCCCGCCCUCGGGCCCCUGCGCGCCGCCGCCCGGCCGCCGGCGGGACUACGCCAGCGCCCCGCCGCAGCCCGAGUGCCUCCGGCGCCCCGCCGCGGCCCGCCUUCCUCCCGCCCGCGGCGAGCCCCGCGGGGGCGGCCGGCCGCACAGCGCCCUCGGCCCCUCGCUGCGGCGGAGCGGGUGCAGCCCGGAGCGCCUGCCCGCGCGGCCCCUCGGGAGGACCGUGCGCCUUAGGGCCGGCGAGUCGGCUCUCGGAGCUCACCUCCUCGUCCUGCCUGCCCCAGCCCCGGCUUCCUGGAGAACCUUGUCACUGGCCGGUGGCCUCCUCUUUCCCUCCUCGUAACUUCCCAGCUUCCUAGGCAGUUUCUUUCGUCACGAGUUCUUCGUGGACUAGCCACCGCCCGGGUCGUCUGGGCCCCAAGCCCGGCGUCAGCAAGCUGCUCGCUCCUCCCCUGCCGCGCCGGCCGCCGGAAGACCGUUUUAAUUAGUGUACAGAUCCCCAGCGGCUACGGGGUGGUCGACGCGGUCUGGAGGGUGUGACGCGUAACUGUGGCAGAGCUUGAACUCCCAACAUCCAGCCCCUCCUGGUAACUCGCUUCCUCUCCAGGGACCGUUUCUGCCCUUCGGAAUCCGCCCUCGCCGCCGUGGCUCCAAGCUGCCUUCCCGGGAGGUGCGCACGGCCUGCGGCCUCCCGGGCUACUCCCAGCCCCUCGCGGAGCGCCGAGCGCCGCCGGCCCGCGGUGGCACGUGCCGGACUCCGAGGAGCGGAGCGGUGUGCGUGGGCCGCCUGGGCCGCCUGGGCCGCCUGGGCCGCCUGGGCCGCCUGGCCGACACUUUCUUAGAACUGUGCUGCACGUAGUCUGAGGCUCUCCUUGCUCACUCAACCCGCGCCCCCUUCCUUUCCUUGGCGUCAGACUUGCAUUAUGGUGUGCCGGCCUCCCCCUCCCUCUCCCCGUUUCUUUGUUUUUCCUUCACAGAUGUUCCCUUAAUAAAACUCUUGCAAGCUGAACCCUGCCUUGGUGUCUGCUUCUAGAAGGACCCGAACUAACACAUUAUCAGACAUGCCACUCCAAUCACCAUCUUCCUAUCCUUCCGGAUCCCUUGUUGACUGACAGAUAAUCCAUUAUCCUCCUUCCCCCCACCUCCCCCCCCCCGGCCCCCAUCAGCCUCUGUUUUAGAUUCACUUCUUCCUUGACUAGUCUAGACAUUGUAGGUCCAUCAUGGUAUGAUCAUCCUCCUUGAAAUACAGUGCUCUCAGCGGUCUUGAGCCUCAAUUUCUUUCAAUUGACUUUCCUGGUAAAAUCCCAACUCUGGAUAAAACUUUACUAUCUGUUGGGACGAUUGAACAUUCUCUUCAAGAAAUUCACACAGUGCAGUCAAUUAGUUUCGCUUUCAACUUGUUAUUUCCAACCUCAGAUUGCUGCUAUUGUUCCUGUUAGAGUCUCAGUUUCCCACCAGAACUGAUAAACCCUUCCAUCUCUCCCCAUAUUUUUUCUGAUCCCCUCCUGCCUGUUUACUUCAAAAUUCCCUUGGAAAAUAGGAGCUAUUACAUAAAAACUUCUUCAUCCUUCCACCACCAGACCUCUCCUCCCCACCCCAACCCAGCUAACCUGGUGAUCAUCUCCUUCCUUUUGCUGACUAUGGAGGGUGUUUCAAAGGCCAGCCCCUCCUCUUAUGCUCUGGAUCCCAUCCCCUGUCGCCUUUCUGAGGAGUUCCUCCUUAGGUUUCCCCCUUUCACUCUUCUGCAUCACCAGUCUCUGUUUUGAAUGGAUCAUUCUCAUCAACCUGUGGACAUAUUCUGGUGUCCCUGCAUCUAAACCACUUUCCCAUCUAUUGGCCAUUUCUCAGCUCUCCUCCAUAACUAAACUUCUCUGUGGAGUUAUAUAUUGUCUUCAUUUUCCCAUCUUGCAAUUACUUUUCAGUUCACACUCUGACUCCCCUGCCACCACCAGCACUGAUAGUGUCCUUAAGGUCACCAGUCACCUCCAUAUUACCCUAUCCAAGAGGAUAUUUUUCUGUCCUCACCUUGACCACUCUCUCCUCUUGAAAGCUCUCUCUUCAUAUCCAAGACACUGUUCUUUCCUGGUCUUCCUCCUCCUUCACUGGUCAGUGUUAUAUUCCUUCUGCCUACCUUUGAGGAGUCAGGUCCCUCUUUUUUUCCUAUGUUCUUCCCCAUGACAGUCUUCAAUUUCCAUGGAUUUAACUACCAUCUUUAUGCUAAAGGGUUUCAAAUUUGUUUCCUACCUUGACCUUUAAGUUCUAGACUCACAUAUCUAAUGUGCUUGCUUAAUAUCUUCCCUUGGAUGAGUCAGAUCUUUCAAACGUAACAUGUCCCAAAUCUAAUUCCUCAUUCUUAUCCCAAACCUAUUUCCUCCAUCUUCUCUAUUAUAGUAAAUAGCACCACCAUCUUAACCAAUUGCCUAAGCUAGAAACCUAAGAAUCAUCCUUGAUCCUUUUGAUGACCUCUUUUUCUUACAUCAAAUAGACCAGCAUAAUCUAUCAGUUUUAUCUCCAAAGUAUACCUUUUAAUCUGUCUGCUGCUUUGCAUUUUCAAUUAAGCUAUCACUUAAUCCUGGUGAAUAUUUUUCUCCCUUGAUUACCAUCACAGCCCCUGAAUCUACUCUUGACUCAUGACCCACUUCAGUACAUUCUUGAUACGGUGGCAACAAUGAUCAUAAAUAGAAUUGAGUAAAUUGUUGCUCAUAGGAUAAAAAUCUAACCCCCCUACCAUGGCUCACACAGUCCUAUACAAAUUGACGCUUAUUGUUCUCUCCAUGCCCAUCCAUGCUCACCUCUCUAUUGCUCACUAUGAUGCAGCCACACUGGUUCCUCCAAUAUGCCGAGAUCUUUUCUGCACCUCAGGGGCUUGGUAAAUGUCAUCUCUGCUUAAGCUGCUCUCUUGGGUAUCCUUUAUGUAAUGCUUAAAUACAUCUUAAGAAAGACCUGCCCAGAGCAUUGUUUGAAAAUAGUCCUCACCACUCUUUUCCCAUUUGCUGUCUUGGUUCUUUGUUUCCUUCAUUACUCAAUCCCUUAUCUCAAUUUGUAGCUUUAUUUAUUUGUUUAUUUACGUUUUAUGUGUGUGCCUGUUUCUCAUACCGGGAUGAAUGAGGGAAGAGACUGUGUCUGGAUGUCUAGAUUCUUUAACAUUGUACUUCUACCCCCUAGCACAAUACUUGGCACAUAUUAGAUGCACAAUGAAUACCUGUUGAAAGAAUGAAUAAACACAUUUGCUAAUUUUC